UUCACAUACGCACAUUAGAACAAACACAAUAUUUCUAUAUCAUUUCGAUUGAAAUUUAAUUUUGCUUGAGUUUUGCCGUUCAUUAUUAUUUUUAUUCAAAUCAAAAGCGAAAGCAGACACAUUUGCUCGGUUUCUCAUUGUGCUAGUAAAUAAUUAAAUAAAAUGUGUGCAAAGUGAGUUUUUAUUUAAAAGUUAAAAUUCAAAUUAGCGACAGUCAACAAAUCUAUAAAUCGAAAGUUUGAAUCAAAGAGACAAUAAUAAGAGACAACGCCAGAUCAAGAGGGAUAACCCAUAAAGAGAGACAUAUAUAGAUUGGAGCACAUUGCAAGUGAAGGUGAUAAAUUGGAGAAAUAUUUCAUGUCAUUUCAAUGGCCACAUCAAAAUCAUAUCGUUCGAUGCCUUCAAGCAAUAUCAGUAAGUUUAGCAAUGACAAUUCGGGUCUGUUGACGACGGUAGCCGAUUUGCCAUACAAUUUUAAAUUGCAAUAUGUAAGCGUUGAAACGCCACUGGAUUUAUCACUAAAAAGUGUGCUCGGCCAAAUAACGCCACCACAUUCGCCGCAACGAUCGCCAUUAAAAAAGCGACCGUAUCCUCAUGUUAUCGAAACGAAUAUUGUUAAAACGGAAGACGAUGCAAGUAAAAAGACAACUAAGAUUAAGAAUGAUACCGACAGUGACGUUGAGCCGCCGCCAGCAAAACUUGUCAAAAAAGAAGUCACACCAAAUGGAAAACAAAUCAAAGUGACUUCGAUGCCAAAAACCCAAAAGUCGGUGUCAGUCAAUAAAACGGCACCAGUUGCAACAACCGUUAAAGAGCACAAACGUGUUAAAGCCGUACGAAAAUUGAAGUUUGAUGAGAAAAAAUCGUCGCCCGUAUCGGGUACCAUAAUCCGUGCGCUUGAUGAAAUCGAUGGCAAUAUUCCACAAGAAUCGGGUGACAUUGAUCCACAGUACAAUAUUGUUGAAGUGACCGAAGAGGCAAAAGCCGAAAUAGCCGCUAUACCAAAUGUGAUUGGCGCUUAUUUGUGUAAAUUGUGUCAAAUCGAGUUUGACGAUGCAUUCUGUUUGGCAAGACAUCGUUGUUCGUGCAUUGUAUUGUUGGAGUAUCGUUGUCCAGAGUGUGGUAAACGUUUCAAUUGUCCAGCCAAUUUGGCAUCGCAUCGCAGAUGGCAUAAGCCGAAAGAAGAGGUAAUGAAAAAAUCCAGUGAUUCAAAUGGGUCAGGUGAUGCUGGUGACGAGAAUGCCAUACAGUAUCCAUGUAAUUUGUGCGGAAAGUUUUUCAAGCGUCAAGCCUAUUUGCGAAAGCAUUUAGUGACGCACAAUAAACCAAACAGUAAAACAAAUAAACGAACCGUUUUGUCGGCCAGUGAUUCAAAUGAUGAUGGUAAAAGCACCGACGCCAAUUCUCAAAACGGCAAUGCCAUUGCUACGAAAAAUUCACGAACAAACAAUCACGCAACAAACAAAAGUGGACGGAGCAAGAGUGUUUGCAGUGAUGACUCAGUUUCAUCGUCACAGGAUUCGAUUGCAUCGAGCGUACGCUUCACAUUUAAUGUUAACUCAUCGAAUGAUGUGAAUAAUGAUAACAAAAUCAGAGACUAUGACGAAGUUCAACCAUCAAGUUCACCAACACAUUUUCGUUUGUUCAAAAGUGAAAUUUUCACGGAAGAGGAAAAUAUUGCUGCUGCUGCCUUAGCUCACCUGAGACACGCCAAAGAUUCCGUCAUACGACACACCACCGCUUUGUCAACGUAAAAACAAAGCGACACACCAAAGUCUGAUUCAUCUGCGGUGCGGUCGGGUGAUCUCGUUCCAUUCCACUGCCGUCACCACCACUCCACUCAAGACAUCCACAUCUAGUUUCACCGUGUAACAACUCAAUUAUGUGUACAUAUACGAAAUAUACUAAUUUAUUGAUUCGAUUUAGGAUUUCAUGACAAAUACUUUAAGUACAAAUAGCAACAAGGAAUUAUCAAGCGAUUUUGAUUUCUUCGUCGACAACCAGACUUGACGUUGAUUUCUUGGAAUCGCCUCAAUAACGUUAGUAAAUGUCAAUUACAUUUAAGCUUCUCUCUUCCCAUUCCAAUGGACAAAUUCGUAUUUAUUUAUUUAUUUUUGUGGAUUUAUUUAUUUUAUA